AGCUUUGCUCGCGAGCUGUCAAAUCCAGUCGACAAAUUGCUCAUCGAACUAGACCGAGGGUUCCGAUUAAAACGCGACUUUGCACCUUACGGCCUCGGAUUCUACCUAAAUUCCGCAUUUUCUGCUUCCAACGAUGGCUGCCGCAAGUGCAAGGCUUUUCUCCCGGGUAAAAGAUGGUUUCUCGACCAGCGUCCGGUUCGCGAGCUACGAAGCCACGCGCAAGAACCUGAAGCUGAACUCGAACUCGAAAGUUAUCUGCCAGGGAUUCACCGGCAAGCAGGGAACCUUCCACUCGCAGCAGGCCAUCGAGUAUGGCACCAAGCUGGUCGGUGGAGUGUCCCCCGGCAAGGGUGGCCGCACGCACCUGGACCGACCAGUGUUCAACACGGUGGCCGAAGCGAAGAAGGCUACUGGCGCGGAAGCGUCCGUCAUUUACGUGCCGCCGCCCGGUGCCGCAAAGGCCAUCAUGGAAGCGAUCGAGGCUGAGAUGCCACUGAUCGUGUGCAUUACCGAGGGAGUGCCCCAGCACGACAUGGUGAAGGUGAAGCACGCCCUGCUGGCGCAGGACAAGUCCCGUCUCGUCGGUCCCAACUGCCCCGGAAUCAUUGCGCCCGAGCAAUGCAAAAUCGGUAUUAUGCCGGGACAUAUUCACAAGCGCGGCAAGAUCGGAGUCGUGUCCCGGUCCGGCACGCUGACCUACGAAGCCGUCCACCAGACGACCGAGGUCGGCCUCGGCCAGACGCUGUGCGUCGGCAUUGGUGGCGAUCCGUUCAACGGAACCGACUUCAUCGACUGCCUGGAGGUCUUCCUGAAGGAUCCCGACACCAAGGGCAUCAUCCUGAUCGGUGAGAUUGGUGGUGUGGCCGAGGAAAAGGCCGCCGAUUAUCUUAUGCAGUACAACCAGGGCAUCAAAGCGAAACCAGUAGUAUCGUUCAUUGCUGGCCUUUCGGCCCCGCCCGGUCGCCGUAUGGGUCAUGCUGGUGCCAUCAUUUCCGGCGGAAAGGGCGGUGCUCAGGAUAAGAUCAACGCGCUCGAGAAGGCCGGUGUGAUCGUCACGAGAAGCCCGGCCCAGAUGGGCAAGGAGCUGAUCAAAGAGAUGAAGAGAUUGGAGCUGGUUUAGAGAGAAAACAAUUUAAACAAAAACACACACACAUACCACGCAUGUCAUCAGCUCGUCUCGGCACGGUUAAGCGAAACAUAACUCAUAACCACUAAAGUACUGCGCGGCAAACACUAACAGGAGCGCAAAGGAUAAAUAGAUAGUUAUUUAACGAAGCCAAUAAUCCUGUUCGUUCAGUUCAGUUAUUACUCGUCUCCCAAAAUCCAAAAUUCUUUCCCCUGAUGAUAUUGAUAUCUGCAUCAUCAUCAUCUUCCGGGGGCUGUUCGAUAGGUACGUUCAAAGCACGGAAAAGUUACCACCAACGGAGAGAAGAAACACGAUUACACUGCCGUGCGCUUGUUGUCCGGUCCGGAGAAAAAUCGAAAGCAACUCAUAAGUUAUUUAAAUCCAAACUGCAUGAACCACACGGAGGAUGCCUUUUAUUUGGUCGCUAUUCGAGUACUGUUCCGUUACUGAUCACCAGUUUCUCCACUUUCAGCAAAUAUCGAAGAGUUCGAUGGGUAGAAGUAAUGCCACCGACAGUAAAUAACCACCCCCCAUAAUGCACCAAUGUACUUUACCUGCACCGCCUACUGUGUAUCAGCACACACACACACACCUAAAUCAACUUGCACUGCGGAUCGCGAUCGCGAAUGAUCGACGACACUAUGAAUGUUAGCAGCUUUUAUGUGAUUUGCACGAAAUUGGAAAAGUAACAGCUACUGAACAAAAAUGCACAACAAAGCCCGUUGUAACGGAAUUCGGAACUCGUGUCCCAAAAAGACUAAGCGUUAAAAUUAUCACAAACAGGAACGGAGCGAAAGACCCGCGAUCAUGUUGUUAUGGUGCAAUCGAACGUAAAAUAAAUGUUAAAAUACGA